AUGCGAUACGUGGACAACGCUCUUAUUCGCCAACCCACUGCAGUUUUACUCUAUGGAGAUCAACAACUUCCCGUGGAUGAGGAGAUAAAAGUGGGAAUGAUAUUUCACAAGAAAGAAGAUUUAAUACUCACUUGUGUAUCUUCUGCUUUGACGCAAGAUCAUAAGAAGCUUGACUCGAACAUGAUAUGUGAUAACAUUCUCUCAUUUGUGGAAGAUAAUGUUACAAUUGAGGUCAAAGCUCUUGUUGCACACAUACGAGAUCUGUUUAAUUACACAAUCUCCUAUAAAAAGGCUUGGAUUGCAAAAAACAAGGCAAUCGUAAAAAUUUAUGGAGAUUGGGAGGACUCGUAUAACGACCUUCCACAAUGGUUGAUGGUGAUGAAGAAGUGGCUUCCAGGAACGAUUAUCAAGUUGCAGACAAGUCCAACAGUGUUAGAUAAUCAAGUGUUCUUUCAACGUCUGUUUUGGACUUUUAAACCUUGCAUUGACGGUUUUGCGUUUUGCAAACCAAUUGUGCAAGUUGAUGGAACAUGGUUGUACGGAAAGUAUAAGGGGACGUUGUUGCUGGCCGUCGCCCAAGAUGGAAACAACAAUAUUUUUCCGGUCGCUUUCGCAAUUGUUGAAGGCGAAACCAAGGAAGCAUGGAACUUCUUCAUGAAAAAUUUGAGGAGGUAUGUCACUCCACAAGAAGGCAUAUGCGUCAUUUCGGAUAGGCACGCAUCCAUUAAAAGUGCUUAUGAAAAUCCUUCGAAUGGUUGGCAGAAUCCUCCAACAUCGCAUGUGUACUGCCUCCGACACAUCGGCCAGAACUUCGUGAGAGAAACCAAACAGUCAAAACUUCGGCCGUUCGUCUCUAGUAUGGGAUAUGCACCAAGGGAACCUACAUUCCGAUUCUGGCGGGACAAACUUAUGAAAGAAAGCGUGGAUGCUGUAGCGUGGGUUGAUAAAAUCCCCAAAGAAAAAUGGACGCAGGCGUUUGACGGAGGUCGUCGGUGGGGUCACAUGACAAGCAUUCUUGUCGAGGCGAUGAACUCAGUGUAUAAGGGAAUCCGCAGCCUACCAAUCACAGCAUUGGUCAAAGCAACCUACUCCAAGUCUGCGGCACUUUUUGGAACACGCGGAAUGGAUGCAUUAGCUGUGUUAGGUUCUGAUCAGGUGUAUACGAAAGAAUGUCAGCUAAGGAUUACAGAAGCAAUGACUAAGGCCCAAUCACACAUAGUCACUCGUCAUGAUAGGGAACGUUUCGCAGUGGAGGAAACUCAGGAUCCCCGGGAAGGCCGACCAAAGGGGACAUUUAAAGUAGACUUGGGAGAAAAGUGGUGUGACUGUGGAAGAUUUCAAUCUUUACAUAUGCCUUGUUCACAUGUUAUUGCUGCAUGUUUUGAUGCUCAUUUGCAAUAUCAAGCGUACAUUGAUGAUGUGUUCAAAGUUGCCAGCGUAUGUCGCGUGUAUGAGCAUACCUUUGAAGUGGUUCAAGCCGAAAUGUAUUGGCCGAAAUACGAAGGUCGGAAACUUUAUCCCGAUCCUUCCAUGAAAAGGGUCAAGAAAGGUCAUCCAAAGAAGUCCCGCAUUAGAACCGAAAUGGACGAAUUCGGCAAAAAAGAGCGCUUAUGUGGUUUAUGUCAAAUGCCGAAUCAUAACAGGAGUAAUUGUCCUAAUGCUGCUGGGCCCUCAUCGUAA